AUGGCCAACAACAACAACGAAGAACAACAACAGAGCGCAACGAGAUCAUCGAUCAUGGAGUGGAAGCACAUGCACCCACUUCACCAAAUCGCCGAAACACCCACCCACAAGCUCCUCCUGAAACAGUGGCUGAAAGAAGAGGAACUCAUCAAUACCCGCAUAGCCCUGAAGGAGACCCAAAUAGAUUCGACGCGCAAAGAGAUCACCACACUCUACAUCUUCUUCUUCCUCUUCCACUCCACCACCCUCAUGCUCCUCUUCAACUCUUCACAAUCAUCACCAUCUUCUUCCUGUCACAGAUCAUGGGUUCCUUCACUGUGCUCUCUGCUAUUCUCGCUCGGCAUCAUAUGGGCCUUGCGGUACAAGAGCGAUGUGGAGGCUCACAUGGAGAAGAUGCUGCUGCGGGAGAAGGAGGACAAGGGGUUGCUGGGGAAGUGCGUGGAGGAAUUGAAGAAGAAAGGGUUGGAGUUUGAUUUGUUGAAGGAGGUUGAUGCUUUGAGGAGGGCCAAGAGUUUGAGGGUGGAGGCCAAAGAUGUUAGGAAAUGGUCUUCAAGGGACUUUGUUUCCUUGUUCUUCUUCUCUAUGGCUUGCUUCUCUCUUGCUCUCACAAGGGUCAUCUUGUGCAGUUAG